CUCUAACAAUUGGCAUAUUUAUUUGUUUUUAGGGUCGGUUUACAAUUAUGCCGUGCAAUUCGAUUAAAUCCGAAAUAAGUGGAUUUAUAUGUGAACUAAUAAAUAAAUUGUACAUAGUGUCAUUCUUAUUAACGAAAAUUAUUUAGGGUCGGAGCGCUAUCCGACUUAAGAAUACUUAAAAGUUAACCUGUUUGUCUUAUUAUACACUGAUAAAGUUACAUAGGUUUUACACUCCAUAAUGCCAGAUAGUUCACCAAUAACUCCUGGUACUUCAAAAUCCAACGAUAUAAACGAAAAAUGCAGACGUGGAAAGCGAGCAUCAAGGAAAAAACAUGUUGAUAAUGUAUUUAAGAAUGAUGCUCUGGAACUCAUUAGUACAAGAGAAAAUGUCUGUGUUAUUCCAAAAAAGGCAAAAAUUUCUAAACCCUCGAAAGCUGCAGCUGCGUCAUCAAAAAAUUACAAAGAUGCCCUGGAGCCUGUUAUCAUUGCAAUGGAAAAUGUCAGUGUUAUUCCAAAAAAGACAAAAUCUUGUAAAUCAGCAAAAGCUCCAGCUGCAUCAUCGGCAGCUGGUAUGGAUGGUCCAGAGUUUCUUAUGAAUGUAACAAAAAAUCUUAAAGUUAGUUCAAAGAAGACAAUAUAUUUUAAACCAUUGAAAGCUUCAACUGAAUCAUCAACCAACGGUAACAAUACCCUGGAACAUCUUAUUAAUGCAACAGAAGACUUUAAUGUUAUUUCAAGAAAGGCAAAAUCUUUUAAGUCAUCAAAAAGUACAGCUAUAACAUCAACAAAUGAUAUAAAACCUUCCAAUCACAUUGUGUCUGGAGCAGUAAGCCCAAAAGUACAUGCAGUAAAAGUUAAGAAAUCUAAGAAGGCAGAGAAACAAUUGGAACAAAAAAUACCCAAUGUUGUAUCCACAGACUGCACUGAUCAUAUACCACUACAGCAACUUCAGGAACAUGUUAUAGCUGUAAAUAAGUACAAACAGAAAGGGGCUAUGGCGACAAGGAAGCAUACUAGAGAAAAAAUCAAUAAAUUUUUUAGUGAAGAUAUUAAGAGUAAUAACCAGAAAAAACAGGAGAUAUCUGAUAAAGAAAAAAAUAGCUCUGAAGAAGUAGAAAAUGUUAAAACAACCAGUUGUAGUAAAAUGAUAAAGAAAACGGAGACGAAUGAACAUCAAGCUAAAAGUUCAAAGAAAGUACGAAAGUCAUUUGUAGAUUAUAUAUCACUCGAAGAGGCGCAUAAUAUUUUACAGAAGCAACAUGACGGAGAAGGCGAGUACAUUGAAGGCAAUAUACGUAUUAAUCGUAGAUUUUCGAAUCAUGCAUAUCUGGCAAUAACAGACGGAGAACAGGAUCUUUUAAUUAUUGGACUUCAAGAUAGAAAUCGUGCAUUAGACGGAGAUUUGGUUAUCGCAAAGGUAAAUCCAGAAGAAGAGUGGUAUGCUUCUGAGGGAGAUAAAAAGCAAAAAACUGGUGUCGUGGUGUACAUUUUGGAAAAGGUGCAUCCGAGAAAAGCUAUUGGUUUCCUGAAGCCAACGUCUAAUAAGGAUAAAUCAGCUUUAGUCUUUCAAUCUCGUGAUGUAAGAUUUCCACUUUUGAUAAUCGACUCAAAAACAUUACCUCCAAACUUCAAGAAGCAUCCUGACGAGUUUGCAGAAGUUCUGUUCCUUGCUGAAUUAACAAACUGGAAGAGUCUUCCAUUUGCUAAAGGAAAAAUUCUAACAAUGGUGGGUAACGUAGGAGAUUUGGAAGUAGAGACCAACGCCAUAUUACUUCAGAAUGAUUUGGAUCCUUCACCUUAUGACGAGUCAUUAACAAAAGGACUACCAUCUGGAGACUACGUACCAACUAGCGCCGAUAUCGAAAAUCGGGAAGACUGGAGGGACAAAUGUAUAUUUUCAAUUGAUCCUGCCACUGCCGUAGACUUGGAUGAUGCGCUUUCUUGCACACGUUUGAGCAACGGCAAUUUUGAAAUAGGAAUACAUAUUUCGGACGUGACGCAUUUCUUAACAGCUUUUUCUUUUUCACCACUGGACGAAGCAGUCGCGAAACGUGCCACUACAAUUUACCUAGCCAAUACAACUUACCAUAUGUUACCAAAGAACUUGUGUCAAGCAUGUUCUCUACUUCCUGGUGUAGACAGAUUGGCAUUCUCAGUUAUAUUAGAAAUGACUCCGGAAGCGGAAGUGAUAAAGCAUCGUUUCGCUAAAGUAGUAAUGAACUCAUGUUGCCAAAUGUCAUACGAGCAAGCACAGGCGUUCAUUGAAAAUCCAUUGAAGGAUUGGUCGACAGAUGAAUCCUUGCUUAUCAGUGGUAAAUGGAAAUCAUCAGAAAUUUGUGAUACUGUAAUUAAUUUGUACAAGUUAUCGCUGAUAUUGCGAAAAAAGAGAUUUGACAACGGAGCCCUAAGAAUCGAUCAGCCAAAGAUCCGUAUUAAUAUAGAUCGGACCACAGGUCUGCCGAUAUCAUACGGUCUAGAGAAAUUGCAAGAUAGUAAUCGGCUUAUCGAGGAAUUCAUGUUGCUGGCAAAUAUGACAGUUGCUACGCACCUAUACAAAACCAUACCAGAAUAUGCAUUACUACGUAAGCACACACCACCACUGGGCCUAGUACUGCGAAGAAUUCAGGAAUCAUUGCAGAAAUUUGGAAUUCACUUGGAUAUAGAAAGUGCUGGUAGUUUACAAGCCAGCUUGUCACGGUAUGAGUGUAAGCCAGUAUCUCAAUCGAAGGAAGAUCAAUGUGUAUCACAGUAUCAGAGUAUGGUACUUAAUGCAUUAUGCGCCAGAGCAAUGACACCUGCCAAGUAUAAGUGCUCAUCCAUGUUAUCCAAUGAAGAGACCUUAUGCCAUUAUGCUUUAAAUAUUCCACUGUAUACGCAUUUUACAUCACCCAUUCGGAGAUACGCUGAUUGCAUAGUGCACAGGUUAUUAUAUUCGACGAUUUCGAAUGUUCCAUUACCUGAAGCGUGGUCUGCUAAAUUGUGUUCAAAGAUCGCUGCUAAUUGUAACAAACAGAAGACUAAUGCAAAAAACGCACAAGAUCAGAGUAACGAAUUGUACUUUAUAUUUUUACUUGAUUUAAUGGGUCCGGUUAAUACCAUUGCGAUAGUGAUGGACGUAAAGGACCGUUGCGUUGAUGUGCUCCUUUGUCAAAUGGGUAUGAAAUUACGGAUCUACUUUGCGGACAUUAAAGAAGAAGUGAACGUUAAAUAUUCCGAGGAGUAUUUCGUCCCAACAAUAACACUCGAAUGGAAGAAUCAUUCUAUCGAUCAGGUAAUUAAUAUGUUUAGUAUUAUUCCCGUUCAAAUUGAAAAACAUCCAUCUGCGUAUCGAUUAUUUGGGAUACCAUUGCCUCCUGUACAAAUUGAGUCAUCCACGUAAUGAUAAGAGACAAGUCUGUGCGCGCAGUUUAGUAUUAUAUGACUUUGAACAAGACGCGAAAA